AUCACAAGGUGGAGAUUCACUGUUAGGGUCUUGAAUUAAAGAACGGUGGCUGAGAUUUUGUUUUGAAUUGAAUUUGAGUUUUAUUCACAGAUGCUUUCCUUUGCCCUUUCUCUUGGUUGUUAUUUCAUAUUUGAAAUCGGAUGCCAAUAUUAGCUCCUUCAGAGGAGGUGAGGAGACAGCUAACACCGUUCCUGCUUCCUGGAAGAGAAUAUGUUUUGGGCUAUACCCAAUGGUGCCCUUUUGGGAAGUUCUUUUGCAGGACCUCCCAAGAGCAGCUGUCAGGAUCUUAAGCAACAUGACAUUCCUUUUUGUGAGUUUGUCAUACACAGCUGAGAGUGCCAUUGUAACUGCUUUCAUUACCUUCAUUCCCAAGUUCAUCGAGUCACAGUUUGGUAUCCCCGCUUCCACUGCCAGCAUCUACACUGGUGUUAUUAUUGUCCCCAGUGCUGGUGUUGGUAUUGUCCUGGGAGGCUACAUUAUAAAAAAAUUGAAACUUGGUGCAAGAGAAUCUGCAAAACUAGCAAUGAUCUGCAGUGGUGUGUCUUUACUGUGUUUUUCGACCCUAUUUAUUGUUGGAUGUGAAAGUAUUAAUCUAGGAGGCAUAAACAUCCCUUAUACAACAGGACCUUCUCUUACCAUGCCGCAUAGGAAUCUGACAGGAAGCUGCAAUGUUAAUUGUGGCUGUAAAAUACAUGAAUAUGAGCCAGUCUGUGGAUCAGAUGGCAUUACAUACUUUAACCCUUGUCUGGCUGGCUGUGUUAAUAGUGGUAAUCUUAGCACUGGGAUACGGAAUUAUACGGAAUGCACCUGUGUCCAGAGCCGACAAGUGAUCACUCCACCCACAGUGGGACAGCGCAGUCAGCUCCGUGUGGUUAUUGUCAAAACCUAUCUCAAUGAGAACGGCUACGCUGUGUCUGGGAAGUGUAAACGGGCCUGUAAUACUCUUAUCCCAUUCUUAAUUUUUCUUUUCAUAGUCACCUUUAUCACAGCGUGUGCCCAACCAUCAGCCAUCAUAGUAACACUCAGGUCCGUGGAAGAUGAUGAGAGACCUUUUGCACUGGGAAUGCAGUUUGUUUUGUUGCGAACACUUGCAUACAUUCCUACUCCGAUUUACUUUGGGGCAGUCAUUGACACCACCUGCAUGCUCUGGCAACAGGAAUGUGGCGUGCAAGGCUCCUGUUGGGAAUACAACGUGACAUCGUUUCGUUUUGUCUAUUUUGGUUUGGCGGCUGGCCUCAAAUUUGUUGGCUUUAUCUUUAUUUUUCUGGCCUGGUACUCCAUUAAAUACAAGGAGGAGGGACAGCAGAGGCAGAGGUGGCGAGAAUUCCCUCUGAGCACUGUGAGUGAGAUGGUGGGCCGCACCAACCAUGUCUCCAACUCUGCCCGGACUAGGUCUUGCCCUGCUUUCAGCACCCGCGGAGAAUUCCACGAAGAGCCUGGUCUGCAAAAAGGGAUCCAAUCCACAGCACAGACCUAUCCUGGGCCCUUUCCUGAAGCAAUAAGUUCCUCCGCCUACUCGGGGCUGGAAGAAGGUCCGACUGCCAUCUAGCCUCUCUUCCGAAGCUUGAAAACGGAACUCUACUUUUGUUGGUUGAGUUGAAUAUGGCGACUUGAGAAACACCCGUGCCUUCUUUCCCUUCUUUUCUUAACCUCUAAAGACACAAUCCUCAAACCAACAAAACUCAGUAUAUAAACAGCCACUAUUGAUUGAGGGCUGGAUACCUCAACAAACUGAGAGCCUUUUCCCCCUUCUCUCCCAGAAGGAGGCGUUUAGGUAGAUUUGUUACUAUUUCCGCUGUGUUGAUUUAAUGCUCGUGCUCCAAUGUGGUGUAAGGCUGAGGUACGUGGUUAACAAAAUCAUGGGGAGGGUGGUGACGGCAGUGCAGGUCAUUAACAUCCACUUCAGACACAGGUGAGCUUGACCAUGACUUUGCUUUUACAAAUCAGAGUUUUUAGAUAAGAACACCAACUGAGUUUCUGCUACAAAGCACAAAUGAAUUCGCCUCAACUAUGCAAUUUGAUUGGAAAAAACAGAAGUGCAGGAUGUUCCUUUUGCUUUCAGAGACUAAAGUU